ACCCCCAAGGGUUUCCUAUGUGUAUUUCAAGAGCCAGAUACCCUUGAUAGAAGAACUGCUGGGGUUCCUCCGGCAGUAAUUGCUUUAUCAGGCAGCGAGGUUUUGCUUUUCUAAGAGGCGAGCACCUGAACCCGAGGGCCAGCGUGGGCUUUGCCAAACGCUGCUUGGUCUCCAAGCCACCAGUGACAGCUAGUCUGUGUUUCAUCAGCUCCCCGGGGCUGCAUUUCACCAGGCCCCUUUGCCAGGGCCUCCCCGGCAGGCAGCGUCAACAAGUGUUGCACCUACUGCAGAAACAGCCCUCAAGUUUCAUCACAGUGAUGCUAAAAACUAUUCUCCAGCUUCAGCAAUGACCUAGUUCAUUCAAGGGCAGGGGGGAAAAAUGCUCUUCUUCCAGCACUUGCCUGGGCAUGGAAUUUUCUCUUAGGAAGAUAGGAGAUUUUCUGGAAACAGACCCAACUGUGCCUUGAAAACCUUUGGAAGAGGCCCUGAACCCUGUUAAGUCCUCUGAAUCCCCAGCCCCAGGAACAGGGACGCCCAAUCAAUGCCUCACACACAGCCUGGGGAGCCCACAGCUGAGCCAGCACCUCCUAUCACGUCUCUUGGACAAAAAGUAUUGAACAGUUCACGUGGCAUGAAAGGAUGACGGACUCAGGAGGGCCCCAGAGGCGCACACUUUGUUUCUUGUCUACAUUGCUUUCCCAGAAAAUUCCCGAGAAGUCAGAUGCUGUGCUUCGCUGCAUGAUAUCUGGUCAGCCCAAGCCAGAGGUUACUUGGUAUAAGAAUGGUCGAACCAUAGAUAACUGUGGUAUUGUCUCCAGUUAUGAAUUCUUCGAGAAUCAAUAUAUUCAUGUAUUACAUCUCUCUUGCUGUACCCCAGAGGACACUGCUGUUUAUCAAAUCUCUGCUAAAAACUGUUUUGGGAUGAUCUGCUGUUCUGCUUCCAUUGAAGUUGAGUGCUCGUCAGAGAACCUACAACUCUCUCCUAGCCCAAAAGAUGAGGGGGAUGCGGGUUGGAACCGUGAAAUGGAGACAUAUGAGCAGGAAAACACAAGUCAAAUUGAUGAGAAAGAACAUCCUUAUAGGGAAGAAGAACGUAUUGCCUCUGGUCCUCCCACAUCAGCUGAUUCCCCUUCCUCCCAAUUCGACGGGCCAUGUUCACUCCAGUUAUUGGCCAAUAAUGACCUUGAUGUAUCCAGUUCUGAAAAUCUCUCGGACGUUAAAGACACAAGGCAAACUGAAGAGGCUUGUGAUCCAAAUCACAGAAAGGAAACUGCAGAUGGGUUGCUUUUUCCUAAUUCAAGUAAUAUUCCCAGUAAAGAAGGUGGGUUUUGCCACAGGAUCGUGCAUUCCAGAGUGUCCAGGUUAAUGGAGGGUGCCUUAGAGUGUAAUGGCCCUAAUGAGGAAGACUUAAACUCUAGCCACCACAAUCCCAAAGUACAGAAGUACAUCAGCUUUAGCCUACCGCUGACGGAGGCAGCCUCAUCCACUUCCCCAGGUGACAGGUCCACGGUCAACAAGCCCAUCAGCCCACCGGCUUCCAGCAUAGACUCUGACAGUGAUUAUGAACUUUGCCCAGAGAUAACCCUAACCUACACUGAGGAGUUUUCAGACGAUGACCUGGAGUAUCUGGAAUGUUCCGACGUUAUGACAGAUUACUCUAAUGCAGUUUGGCAAAGGAACCUGCAGGGGACUGGGCAUGUUUUUUUAUUAGAAAGCGAUGACGAAGAGAUGGAAUUCCAUGAGUGUGGCCUGGGUGGGUGUGAGCGUUUCCUCAGUGAAAUGGGUUGUGGGCCUCUGGUGUCAGAUGACACGGGGCCUAUGGAUGCCACCACUGGCCUCCGUGGUCAUCACUCACCACCCCAAGAAGUGGGGGUGAGGAGCAGCCUUGCCUCCACGGGCUGUGCCUCAUCCCAGCAAACAGGGAUGACCCUGACGCUGGGACCUCACCGGGAUGGGACGUCUAUGGUGACAGACCAGGGAAGAUCUAAUGCACCCGCUGCUUCAGAGGCUGCUGAAAAUGGUUAUUCAGGAAUUCCAGGAGAAACCAGAGACAGCCAGGCAGGAGAGGGAUUUGCCAGUGACAAUCUGCUAACCAUGGAUAAAGCUGUGACAGGGAGAAAGGGGAAGAGCUUGUCUGGUGAGUUUAGAAAAUCAGGGAUGAACCAGUGUUGGGAGAGCGCGGCUGAGGAAAGAGCAGCAGGAAAGGACUCCUUGAGCAGGAGGAGCACAGAGAAACCUGCCAGGGCCAGGCCACCAGGAGUUAAGGGAAGAGCCAGGAAGCUGAACCCCAACUUGGACGAAAGGGCAGCAGAAGCCUCCCUUAAUCGCCUCUGUCCCAAGGGACCUGUGAAGCACCCCUGCACCCCAAGUGAUCAAAGAGCGAGUUCCCACGCCAGAGCAGACGCUACUGAUCUGAAUUCCCAGCUGCCUGCAGGAGGCUGUGCUGUUCCAGCCCAAGCAGAGCAAGGAGCAGAAACCUUCCAGACUCCAUCAGGCUUGCUCCCCAGCGAAGGGAGCUUGGACUUCUGGGGAGAAGGAGUGUGGAUUAAAAAUGUAUAUGAAGCAAGCCUGGUUCCAUACAGGAGUGAUCAGCCUCAGGUGCAAAUUCAGGAAACAGGCAGAGAGCGAAUCUCUCUCAGCCGGAUGCCAGCUUUCUCAGAGUCUGCAUCCACUAGGACCACGACAAAUUCCUUCCCUAACUUGGGAGGGACCCACAAGGAAAAUGCAUCAUUGACUCAAUACCUGGAGGCUGAAAACUGUGCCCGAGACCCACAGCAGGAAGAAAACCAAGAUGGAGCAGGGCAUGCCCCUGGACGUUCCUGGGGAGACCUAGGACCUGCACCGAACACCCCAGAAGCCAGUAGUGAAAACAUGCCCCUCUGCGAGCUGUCAGUACACCUCCCCCAGGGGAACAGCCCUGCCCCCAGAGGGCCCCAGCUUCCCUCUGUCACUUCCCCUGAACUCGUACAUACCGUCCCCACCCUGGAAGCUCUGUGUGAUGGGCCAAGGGACAGAGAAGCAGCGUGGGGGACGGAGUGCCUUGAAGCAGGUGACCAGGAAACAUGUGAUACCAUGGGUUCUCUGGUUGGAGCCCCAGUUGGUAAAUAUUUGCCUCAAGAAAUUUGCUCCAUGGACUCUGAGCUGGCAGGUCAAUACAAAGUAUCAGAUUUAUGGUCCCCUGAUGACAAGACACUGGACGUCCUUUUGCAGACAGGAGGUUCUGAGCCUCCCUGGUCUACAUGUGAAAGCAGCAAGGAGAGGAACUCUGCCGUGCCCCCUCUUUUUAUCAGCACUUUCACUUGGAACCUUGCUCCCAGAGCCAGUAAAGAUGCCCCUGGGGACAAUCUAGCCAAAGCGGAGAAUUCCACCUCCGCAUUGGCCUCCAUGGUAAAGGCUGGCCAGGAGAGGUUGAGCCCCAGCAACUCAGGGUGGCUUGAGGAAAGGCAGCCUCCCUCUUCCGAGAAUGGCUCUCCUGUAGGCUUUAAAGAGGGCCGUGACGAGGGCUCCAGAGCCCAGGAAACUGCAGACACGUGGGCCAGUCGUAGCUCAAUAGUGUUUUCCCAGGAGGCGCCAACAAUGUUAACUGCCAAUCUUGAGUGUGCUGAGGCGACUGGGGAGGAUAGAGACACAUCAGCUCUUAGCACUGCCACUAAAGUCCACCCACUCAAAUACCUCCCUGUUUCAAUGGCUGGGAACAGCCAGGCGGGUGGCCUUGAGAGCUUACCUCGGGCCUCGGGAGAAAAUAUUUCCCACCUUCCUCCCGAUACACAGUUGGGUCGUACUUUAAACAGUACUGCAACUGAAUCUUCGAAAGAGCUACCUCAGGUGGCUCCCAGUGGACCAGAGGCCCGUGUCUGCGUUCCUCAGCCCCCAGAGGGAGAGGGUUUAUGUGGCAGUUCUCCUGUCCAGAUGGAUGACUGGUCUGGAAAGAGGCAGACCCUGCACAGAGCAGAUGCUAGGAGCCUAGAUGAGAACUUCCCAGAAAAAGGAAGUGAGACAACACAGGGGGCUCAGCAGGGUUCUCCUGACGCAGAUUUCCAAGAAAGUUUGCCCACAGCAUCUGUACAAGGGGAAAUAAAUCUGGUUCCCUUGGACAACUCAGCAGCCAACUCCAGGGAGGAGAGAGGGCAGAGCCCAGGCUUGGGAACUAGUGUGUCCAUGGUGGCAGAAUCUACCACGGAAAGUGCCAGGGGGGCUCUCAGCAACGUUCCACCUCUCUGUAAUCUCCUUCCGGAGGGGUCUAAAGAGAGCGGUCCAGGCUAUGGGGAAGCUGGUAGAAAGCUGAAGAUUAUAACUCUAGAGGCUUCUGUCUCAGAAACCUGGCCACCGAGACAACGGACAGGUUCUAAGUGCAAUGAGUUGGAAGGUGGUCUCAUGAUCCCUGACAGGGUCUGGGCUGCCUCUGAUGUUCUAAAGGCAGGGGCUGCCAUGCCUGAGCUGGCCUCCCCUGAAGCAGCGUCAUCCUGCAGUCCUCAGACUGGGCCUGGCUCAGCCUCUGCCAAUAAGAGAGACAUCCAUGGAGGGAAAGACAAAGCCAGCAACACACACUGGAGCAGUCUGCCUUCCCAGUAUUUGAGCCAACCCAGACUCCUGGAGUCGUCUGUGGAUCCUGUAGAUGAAAUGGAGUUGUGUGUGUCGGACUUGCUACCUGAGGCUUCCAAAACUGGAAGGAGGGAAAAUGUUAAUGUGAGUCGAAAUGCCCUUGCGAUAGAGCGCCCUGCCUUCCUUAAACAGUUCUUGGCCUGCCCUCAAAUUCUAGAGUCCUCUGUAGAUCCCAUCGAAGGACCGGGUAUGAUGGAGUGGAAGGCCAGGGUAGAAACACCAGAGCUUCCUGAACCCCCACUGGAGGUCAGAGUUGAGAGGAAAUUAAAUGUUGGAAACUUGGCCCAGAGAGUAGAUGUCCAGCCCGCCGUCUGGCAAGUUCUGUGCCCCCAGCCAAGUGGGGAAAACAUUCCAAACGAAAACAGCAUCACCCAAGAUCAAGAGGACAGUGAGAGAGGGGAGGCAGGACAAAGUCAACAUGACAAAGCCAAGGGGGAUGUGCAGUCUGCCAUUUUGCCAGCCCCGGGUCCUGUUGAAGGAAGGGAGGCCAUUCCAAGCAGAUGCAGCAGAAGCCCAGUAGAAGGCGGUAUUGAGAGGCGCUCGGGGGAGCCCGAACCCAGGAAAAAUGACAAAGCAGAAUUAGUUUUCCCCAUUUUACCUCUUUCUAGCCAUCUUGCGGUAAUGACUCCUGCAUCUGUUGGAGCUGAGAGUCACCAUUCCACAGGUCAAGGUCAUGAUGUCCCUGGGAAUGAUCUAAGGGAGCCCAGAAGCCAGAAUGCAUGUUCUGACUCAGAGAGGGGAGCUGUUAAGAGUGAAUAUGGGAGCCAUUUGCCCCCUUCUAGUGGUCUCACUCAGGGGGCUCUUACGUCAUCUGAAGGCAGUGUCACAGACUUUUCCAGAAGCCAUGACAUUGAGGAAUGUAAAAGAGAGGGGCCCCCAAUUGGGGAAUCCAAGCCCCCAGGCACAUCGGGUUCCCUGACGGUGACACUGGCACUCAUUUCCGGAGAAGGCGCAUCAGAGAAAGUUCCUAAGGUGCUGCAAGGCCCUUGUCAACAGGGCUCCACCCUGGGCCAUGGGGAGAAGUUGGGAGAGGAGAAGGCUGGCCACGUGGUGGCCCAGGCUGGCAGCCUCCCAGGGGCCCCUCCGGCAGGGACGGGCUCAGAGAAGGUCAAGGAGAAGCAAGCAACCCCGGGGAGUGGGCGUUUGGCUGAGGGCGUAAAGAAGAAGAUUCUGUCCAGGGUGGCUGCCCUGAGGCUGAGAUUGGAAGAGAGAGAGAACGUGAGAAAGAAAACGAUUCUUCUUAAAAAGAGUCCUAAACUUGAACCCUCGGUAUCGAGCACCGAUGAGAAAGAAGACCCUCAAAGGCCUCCUUGCAAACCUGAGGGAAGAGCUCCAGUGUUGCUGAAAAAGAUCCAAGCCGAGAUCUUCCCCGACCACCCUGGAAAUAUAAAAUUAAGCUGUCAGUUUGCAGAGAUUCAUGAAGAUUCUACUGUCAUGUGGACAAAAGACUCAAAGCUGAUAGCCCAAGCGCAGAGAAGAGCGGGAGAUGACUCCGCUGUGUCCUUGGCCAUCGUUCAAGCCGGUCAGAAGGACCAGGGCCUCUAUUAUUGUUGCAUCAACAACAGUUAUGGGAAAGUGACAGCUGAAUUUAACCUCACGGCGGAAGUUCUCAAACAACUUUCGAGUCACCCGGAUGUGAAAGGAUAUGAAGAGAUCGAAUUCAGUCAACUCAUUUUCGAAGAAGACUUCCUCAAUGGCAGCUACUUUGGGGGCCAUCUGCGUGGUCAAAUUGCCACGGAGCAGCUGCAUUUCGGGGAAGGGGUCCACCGGAAGGCCUUCCGAAGCACAGUGAUGCAAGGUCUCAUGCCGGUCUUCGAGCCUGGCCAUGCCUGUGUGCUCAAGGUACACAACGCUGUCGCCUACGGGACCAGAAACAACGAUGAGCUCAUCCAGAGGAACUACAAACUUGCUGCCCAGGAAUGCUAUGUUCAAAACACUGCCAGAUACUAUGCCAAGAUCUACGCCGCAGAAGCACAGCCUCUGGAAGGCUUUGGAGAAGUGCCAGAGAUCAUUCCUAUUUUUCUCAUCCAUCGACCCGAGAACAAUAUCCCCUAUGCCACAGUGGAGGAAGAGCUGAUCGGAGAGUUUGUGAAGUAUUCCAUCAGGGAUGGGAAGGAGAUAAACUUCUUGAGAAGAGAAUCGGAGGCUGGUCAGAAAUGUUGCACCUUCCAGCACUGGGUCUACCAGAAAACAAGUGGCUGCCUCCUGGUCACAGACAUGCAGGGUGUAGGAAUGAAGUUAACAGACGUUGGCAUAGCAACGUUGGCUAAAGGGUACAAAGGAUUUAAAGGCAACUGUUCCAUGACUUUCAUUGAUCAGUUCAAAGCGCUACACCAGUGUAACAAGUAUUGUAAGAUGCUGGGGCUGAAGUCGCUUCAAAACAACAACCAGAAACCGAAGAAGCCAAGCAUUGGGAAAGGCAAAAUUCAGCCAAACUCCACAACCGUGAAGAAGCUGGCGUCUGGGGCCCCAGUGGAAAAGAGAACCUAACAUGUCCUGUUAAUGGACAGUCACCAUCUGGCAGCACACAGCCUUGUGGGGCGAAAUCUGAAAACACCCAGAAGGGAACACGUAGGCUGCAGAGGCUCGUGUGAUCACCCCCUUUCCCAGCUGCCUAUGCUCCAAGUGCCUCCAGAGCCGUCACCUGCUGUCCUCACUGAGAUGAUUUUUGGAGCAGGAUUUGUGACCAGACCGAGGGAGAGACUGAACUGUCUGUCUCCAAGAAGUCCAUUUUGUCUCCACCUUUAGCAUUGGUGUACUGACCUCACAUCACGUGUCUGUGUCUUUGCACAUGGUUGUCUUGUCCAGGACUUGGUCCUGAGCAGGGUCUGUCCACAGCCCAGAUCCUCCCCAUCCCCAUGCCUAACCUUGGGAUUUCUAGACACUUCUAGCUGCUCUAGCAACAGAAAAUGUGAAUACCUUCAUUGGGUCAAGCUGUUGCACUAGACUCGAUUUUGCUGUUGUGGCUGGAGGGGGCUCCCGAAGCGUCAGGCCAUUUCCCAUCGUGUUUCACAAUCCAAGGAUAAUGUUCUGUUUAAUUAAAUUCAUCUUUAGACAAAAAGCGUAAGGUGCAUAUAUUAGCAUAAACACUAGUUCUUUGGAAUUGGUGCCCUAUUUCACAUUUCCCCUGGAUUAGUAAUUUAAUUUCCUAAUACGUCUACCGAAGCACAAAAUACUUGCAUCUGGGUUGUUCCCUGACCUUAUAGGUACUACUUGGGUUUGAUCCACUUUCUCCUUUGCUCUCUAAAUUCAAGCUCCCUAAACCCAGGGCUGCCCCAUGCGGGAUAACUCUGGAAGGUGGGUACAGAUCCUGUCUGGGGCACAAAAGCUCCCGGGGUCCAGCCCCUCUCACCUAUUCCGCUGGGGUCUUCUGCCUACCAGUCUGGGUCCUGCCCAGCUCCGGAGCAGAAUGGCCACAGCAGGUCACACUGGGCAAGAGGAAACGUUGUAAAGACAGUUCAGCCCAAACUGUGUGAGAAAUGUCUCCAGCUGGGCCCCAGCAGUAUGUAGCUGUUACUGUCUAAUCAAUAAGACUAUUUUUUGGAGCAGUUUUACUUGUACAGAAAAAUGCCUGGAAAGUACAGGGAGUUCCCACAUGGCCCCUUCCCCCCAUUCCAUUAUUUCCUUCAAGUAUUAGUCUCUUAACUAGUGUGGUGCAUUUGUUAUAGUUGAGCCAAUAUCGAUGCAUCAUAAUUCAUUAAAGGCCAUAGUUCACAGUU